AUGCUUCAGAAGCAAGAAAAUGAGCGAGAACAUUUCAUUCGUAAGGUAGAACUUGCUGAAUCAGAAGCAGCAAGACGACUGAAAGAAGUCGAUGCAAAAGAAGCUGAACGAAUUGAAGCACACAAUCAGUUCAAAAGGAUUUUAGCAAUGGUUGAAGAUCGGGAAACGAAGUUACGAAAUAGUGAAGAGUUGAUGGAGAAACUGCGGAGCGAAGUUGCAAAAUGGCAGGAGGAGGUACGCAGACUGGAAGAUGAAAAGAAAGCUGAGGCUGAUCAAGAGCUGAAGCGUCUCAAGGCUGAAUAUACUAGGCUGGAAACACGUAAUUUCCAUGAAGUACGUCAAUGCAAGCAGACAAUAGCAGUGCUGCAGCAGACACUAGAACAGGCGCGCUUAUCGAAUCCGGCAAUCAAUCCAUCCGAAAACGCCGCGUUGCUGAAUUUUUCGGCGUCAUCGUCCGAUCGAGAUUAUAGCGCACCACUAGGUUCAGCUCGCCCGCCGUUGCUUCACGUGAGACCACUGUGGGACGAUGAACCGCCUGAUAUUUUCGCAUCCGGUGGCGAGUCAUCGCUGGCAAGAAGUAAGGGUCCAUCACUUGACGAUAGAUUACAAUCGGAUAAUACCAGUCUCAGUCUCAAAAAGAGCUCUCGCUCACGGCGCAGCAUUAGGGAUCGUGAGCAGAACAGUGGUGCAAUUGAUGGUGCGCAAACGCGCCAUAAAAAGGUUCGUUUAUAA